AUCUUAAACUCCUGGCCUCAAGUGUUGCUCCUGCCUCAGUCUCCCAUCGUGCUGGCAUUACAGGCCCCGAGAAGAGCCCGGAAGAGGGCCGAAGGCGGAGCCAGCUCCAACGUCUUCUCCAUGUUUGAUCAGUCCCAGAUCCAGGAGUUUAAGGAGGCCUUCACCAUCAUGGACCAGAACCGGGACGGCUUCAUCGACAAGGAAGACCUGAGGGACACCUUUGCCGCACUGGGCCGCAUCAAUGUCAAGAAUGAAGAGCUGGAAGCCAUGGUGAAGGAAGCCCCCGGCCCCAUCAACUUUACAGUCUUCCUGACCAUGUUCGGGGAGAAGUUGAAGGGCACGGACCCGGAGGAGACGAUCCUCCACGCCUUCAAGGUGUUCGACACCGAAGGGAAAGGUUUCGUGAAGGCGGACGUCAUCAAAGAGAAGCUCAUGACCCAGGCGGACCGGUUCAGUGAGGAGGAGGUCAAGCAGAUGUUUGCGGCGUUCCCCCCCGACGUGUGCGGGAACCUAGACUACAGGAACCUGUGCUACGUCAUCACGCAUGGAGAGGAGAAGGACUAG